AUGGCAAAAUACACCAAAAGGGAAUUAAUAGCCUCUUACGCGAUAGACUGGACUCUAGCAGCGCUGUUUAUGGUCACGUUUCUCGUGACAAAUGCUCUCCUGACUCCCUUUAAUAGACGCUUUUCACUAGAAGAUAAAAGUAUACAAUAUCCCUUUGCCGAGCACGAGAGAGUUCCAUUAUGGCUUUGUUUUGCAUUAGCCGUUAUACUUCCAGCAGCGGUAAUUUCAGUCAUUGCAGUGUUUUUCAGACGCAGUCUUCAUGACUUACAUCACGGACUAUUGGGUUUAUGUCUUACUAUUACACUUACUAUAAUGGUGACCGAAGCCAUAAAGACUGCUGUUGGUCGUCCGAGACCAGAUUUCAUCGAUAGAUGUCAACCCGUAGCGGGAUCUCAGGAUGACCCUGUUUUCGGGCUUAGUAAUUCGACCAUCUGCACACAAACGGAUAAAUAUAUUAUGAAUGAUGGAUACAAGAGUAUGCCAUCUGGGCAUUCAUCGACUUCCUUUGCAGGCCUGGGCUACUUGAGCCUUUAUCUCGCCGGAAAACUUCACGUUUUUGACAGAAAAGGACACACUUACAAAUCACUGGUGAUUACACUUCCGCUUAUUGGCGCUGCACUGAUCGCGAUUUCGCGUACUGAGGAUUAUAGGCAUCAUUGGCAAGAUAUUACUGUUGGAGGAAUAAUUGGCCUAGUCUUUGCUUACUUCUCUUACAGACAAUACUACCACACGCUCGAAUCUCGUCAAUCUCACCUUCCAUUCAAACACCGGCUGCAUCAUUCAGAUCUCGUGAGACAUAAUGGUAAUCUUCGUGAUAUUGUUGUGGAUUCUACUACAUUACUGAGAGAAAGUAGUGAAAAUAGUGAUUGA